UCAGGUGGUCCUGGGCGUGCAGCCUAGGCUAGGAAGACAGGACGAAAGGGGUGGGGAGGGGAGUAGAGAGACUAGAAGACGGAGGAUCCGGGAGCGGCUUUGGGAAGCAGAGCAGUGAGCGCUAGCUGCAAGAUUGGGUUCUCCCCAACCUCGUACCUCCCAACCCCCCACCCCUGAGUAGUAGAGGUAGAAGAGGAGGAGGAGGAGGAGGGGGGAGAAGAAAGAGGUAGGGGGAAGGCGGGGGAUUCUGCCCGGCCCCCUUGCUACAGUAAGGGCUCUCCGGGCUGGGACACCUCCAGGUGUUCUCGCUCCACAUCCACUACCCCGGCCCCAAGUUCUGCCCUAUUCCGCCACCUCCUACCCUACCUGCAGCAGCCGCUGCUUUCGGGGGAGGGGUCCCCCAGCUUCUGCGGAGCCGCAUGAACAAUAGGCAGCGGCGGCUCCUGCGCUCCAUGGAUCUCCCGCUCCAUGGAUCCCUCCCGCGCGCUUCUCGGCUGCCUGGCGAGCGCUGCUGCCGCCGCCCCUCCUGGGGAGGAUGGAGCUGGGGCCGGGGGCGAGGAGGAGGAGGAAGAGGAGGAGGAGGAAGGGGCGGCGGUGGCCGUGGCAGUAGCAGAGGAGCUGGGCUCGGAGCCACCACUGCCCUUCUGGACCGCGGUGUUCGACUACGAGGCUGCGGGCGAGGACGAGCUGACCCUGCGGCUGGGAGAUGUGGUGGAAGUGCUGUCCAAGGACUCGCAGGUGUCCGGCGACGAGGGCUGGUGGACUGGGCAGCUGAAUCAGCGGGUGGGAAUCUUCCCCAGCAACUACGUGACCCCUCGGAGCGCCUUUUCCAGCCGUUGCCAGCCUGGUGGGGAAGACCCCAGCUGCUACCCAGCCAUCCACUUGUUAGAGAUUGAUUUUGCAGAGCUGACUCUGGAGGAGAUAAUUGGUAUCGGGGGUUUUGGAAAGGUAUAUCGAGCUUUCUGGGCUGGAGAAGAAGUUGCUGUGAAAGCUGCUCGUCAUGAUCCUGAUGAAGACAUCAGCCAGACGAUUGAGAAUGUUCAUCAGGAAGCCAAACUCUUUGCCAUGCUGAAGCACCCUAACAUCAUUGCUUUGAGGGGGGUGUGCCUGAAAGAACCCAAUCUCUGUUUAAUCAUGGAAUUUGCUCGUGGAGGAUCCUUAAAUCGAGUGUUAUCGGGGAAGAGGAUCCCUCCUGACAUAUUAGUGAACUGGGCUGUUCAGAUUGCCAGGGGGAUGAACUACCUGCAUGAUGAAGCAAUUGUUCCCAUCAUUCAUCGAGACCUCAAAUCCAGCAACAUAUUGAUCCUCCAGAAGGUUGAGAAUGGAGACUUGAGUAACAAGAUUCUGAAGAUCACUGAUUUUGGCCUGGCUCGGGAAUGGCACAAAACCACCAAGAUGAGUGCAGCUGGGACUUAUGCUUGGAUGGCCCCUGAAGUCAUCCGCUCUUCCAUGUUCUCCAAAGGCAGUGAUGUGUGGAGCUAUGGUGUGCUGCUUUGGGAGCUGCUGACAGGUGAAGUGCCCUUCCGAGGAAUAGAUGGCUUAGCAGUAGCCUAUGGGGUUGCCAUGAAUAAGCUUGCCCUUCCCAUUCCUUCUACAUGCCCAGAACCUUUUACCAAACUUAUGGAAGACUGCUGGAAUCCUGACCCCCAUUCACGACCAUCUUUCAUGAAUAUUCUGGACCAACUCACCACUAUAGAGGAGUCUGGCUUUUUUGAAAUGCCCAAAGAUUCCUUCCACUGUCUGCAGGAUGACUGGAAACAUGAGAUUCAAGAGAUGUUUGACCAACUUAGAGCCAAAGAAAAGGAGCUUCGUACGUGGGAGGAAGAGCUGACCCGGGCAGCCCUUCAACAGAAGAACCACGAGGAGUUACUAAGGCGCCGAGAGCAGGAGCUGGCAGAGCGGGAGAUCGACAUCCUUGAGAGGGAGCUCAACAUCAUUAUCCAUCAGCUGUGUCAAGAGAAGCCCCGAGUGAAGAAACGCAAGGGCAAGUUUAAGAAGAACCGACUGAAACUCAAGGAUGGCAACCGCAUCAGCCUCCCUUCAGAUUUUCAGCACAAGUUCACUGUGCAGGCAUCUCCAACCAUGGACAAAAGGAAGAGUUUGAUCAGUAGUGGCUCCAGUCCUCCUGCAAGUCCUACCAUCAUUCCCCGACUCAGAGCCAUCCAGUUGACACCCAGUGAAAGCAGUAAAACCUGGGGUCGGAGUUCAGUUGUCCAGAAGGAAGAAGGUGAGGAAGACGAGAAGAGGGCCCUGAAGAAGAAGGGACGUACAUGGGGACCAAGCACACUUGGGCAGAAGGAAAUUGUCUCAGGAGAUGAGGGAUCUCCUCAGAAGCGAGAGAGAGCUAAUGGUUUAUGUGCCCUGUCAGAGUCUCCACAUUUUCACUUGGGCCUUAAAUCCCUGGUGGAUGGAUACAAGCAAUGGUCAAACAGUGCCCCAAAUCUGGGGAAAGGCCUGAGGACAACUCCUGCCCUUCCAGGCUUUACCAGCCUUGCUGAGAUGGAGGAUGAAGAAAUCGAUGGCCUAAGGAGUGGGGAGAACCGAGCACUCCAUUCCCCCAACCAGUCUUACCUCUGCAUUCCAUUUCCACGAGUUGAGGAGGUAGAUAGCCCACCCAUUGAUGGAGCCCAUGAAGAGUCCACUCCUGUAAACUCAGCUACCAGCACCCCACAAUUAACACCCACCAACAGCCUCAAGCGAGGAGGAGGCCAUCAUCGCCGCUGUGAGGUAGCUCUCCUGGGUUGUGGGGCUGUUCUGGCUGCCACAGGCCUAGGGUUUGACCUGCUAGAAGCAGGAAAGUGCCAGCUGCUUCCCCCGGAGGAACCUGAGCUACCACCCCGAGAGGAGAAGAAGAGGCGUGAGGGCCUUUUCCAAAGAGCUAGUCGCCCUCGACGGAGUACCAGCCCCCCAUCCCGAAAGCUCUUCAAGAAAGAGGAACCAGUACUGUUCCUUGGGGACCCCUCAGCUUCUCUGACACUACUUUCUUUGUCCUCCAUCUCUGAGUGCAACUCUACUCGUUCUCUCCUUCGAUCAGACAGCGAUGAGAUUGUGGUGUAUGAGAUGCCAGUCAGUCCAGUUGAAGCAGCGCCUUUGCCCCCUCGCACCAAUAAUCCACUGGUCAAUGUUCAAGUCGAGCGUUUCAAGCGAGACCCCAACCAGUCCUUGACUCCCACCCAUGUCACCCUCUCCACUCCCACACAGCCUACUGGUCACAGGCGAACGCCUUCUGAUGGGGCACUUAAGCCUGUGGUACCUCUGGCUAAUGGCAGCCCAUCCAGCAAUGGUCUGAGUGCCACACCAGGUACAGGGAUGCUGAAAACUCCAAGCCCUAGCCGAGAUCCUAGUGAGGUGCCCCGCCUGCCAGACCCCAACCUGGUCUUCCCGCCAACCCCAAGACGAUGGAACACCCAUCAGGACUCCACCCUGGAAAGACCCAAGACCCUGGAAUUUCUUCCCCGGCCUCGCCCCUCUGCCAACCGGCAGCGGCUGGACCCCUGGUGGUUUGUGUCCCCCAGUCAUGCCCGCAGCGCCUCCCCCGCCAACAGCUCGAGCACAGAGACACCCAGCAACCUAGACUCCUGCUUUGCAAGCAGCAGUAGCACUGUGGAGGAGCGACCAGGGCUUCCUGCCUUGCUCCCUUUUCAGGCAGGGCACCCUCCUCCUGCUGAACAGGCCCUUUUGGAUUUGGAUGCAGAGGGACAGAGCCAGGACAGCACUGUUCCACUGUGCAGAUCUGAACUAAACACCCACAGAUCCACCACCUUUGAGGUUCAACAAGAAUUUUGGUCUUAGCAUGAGAGGGGUUUGGGAUGGAGGUAGAGGUUUGGGCAAAAGGGAAGAGAGGACCUGGGGGUACCUUUCUAUCACCAUUUGGCAUCCCAAGAUACAGCCCUACUUCUUGCACUGAUAAUGCACUUUGAAGACAGAAGAGGUGGGGAGGGCAGCUGCUCCAAAGGCCCUGGGCAACAGUGAGCUCCCUUGCUUAGAACCACCACCAUUGAUGUAGCCUGUCAGCUCUGAGUGUGUGUGUGUGAGAGAGAAGGAAGAGGGGGUGUGAAUGACCUUCUAUCUCUGCAGUAUUCCUCACCCUUGGGCAGUGGCAUGGCACCCCAGUCAUAGUCAAACCUAUCUGCUCUCUUCCAGGACCACUAAGUAGGGCAUGCCCAGGGUCCAUUCUCUUGUCUCUUGGUCAUCCCAGAGUUCUGUGGUUGCAAAUACUGAUGUUGAAUAUUCUUCUGCUUCUCUCUCCAUCCCCUCCCUUGUCCUUGAAUUCAGGUCAAGGUCAUCAUGGGUCCUAAAAUUGGCUGUAUCUCUUUUUAAAAUUGGCUGUAUCUAUCAGGAAUGCUUGGGGGUGGGGGGGUGGGCAGGGUGAUAAAAGCAUAUGACUCAAUGGACCUACCAUCACCCCCCACCCCCCUGCCACCAUUCUACUUGCCUGAUCUAUUUAUUUGAGCCUAGAGGUGGCAUUCUAAUCCACCUCUGUGUAACUCAGGGGGAGGGAUGAGGAAAUAUGGUUGAGUUGUUGUGAAGAGUUUAUGUUCUGGGUUGGUUUUUUGUUUUACGUUUUUAGGGGGAAAGGCACUGACCUUCCUAAAGUCAGUCUGUGGCCAAAUCAUGUUUCUAGAAAAAUACUUGCCUAGCCCAUGGGUGGGUUCUAGGGAGAAUCCUUCACUGGUACCAUCCUAGGUGCUAGAGACAAUGUCUUGUGUUUGGCCCUUUUCUUGUGUAAUGGGGCCAUCCCUUGGAGUCCAUGUAGAACUAUUUUGUCUACUUUUGGCCAGCCACACUUGAUAGGUCAGCACAGAUAGAUUUGGAUGCUUUGGAGACAACAAAACCCUUUUAUAUUUCUGGCUGGGUUGUAAGUGACUCAAUGCUAAAGGAUCCAGUGAAAGCAGGCAGGCAGUUCUGUUUAUUCUCCAUGGGAUGGUCCCAUUAUACUCCUUUGAUUUUUCUGUUAUGCCCCUUCUCCUUGUUCUUCACUCUCUCUUCUUCAGGGACAAGUAACUGCAAGCCUUCAUGUAUGGUUAGUAAAAGUCUCUCAAACCCCAAGAGGUUUUCUCAUAAAUUUUAGCUGGAGUGGCAUCCAGUGAUGAGCACUAGGGAAUAGGAAUCAAGAUUCUGGAGUUACUCUCAGUUCAAACAACUGCCUUCAUAACCUUCAGCAAGUCCCUUCACUCCAGUUGUCCAUGCCCAUAAAAUAGGGUUGUGAAACACCUCCCUACAAAGGAGCAUCAUAACAGUUUAAUGACAGAGUCUAUAAAAGCAAACAUACAUAACAUUAAAAUUGGCCAGAGUUUUUCUGGGCUUUUUCUCUUCCAUAUACUGUGGCUUCUUGACAUACUGGGCUUUGGACCAUGGGGGAGCAGUGGGACCAUGGGGGAGCUGCCCAGUGGCCCUGACAUGAAGAAGAAGCAAAAACUAAUGAAAAACUCUGUCAUUUCUGAAAUUUAUUUAUUUACUUGAAUGAUGAACUUAAGGUCACUUCCAUUUGUUUCUUCAUUCACUCUCCCCUCUCUCUCUCUCCCACUCUGUUUCUCCAUCAUGGUAUGAAAUGACUAAGAUCCAUCUGUAACUUUAACAUUACACUGGACCUCUACUGAGCCAUUCCUGAGGUAGAGGGUGUUUCAAAGCCUUCUCUAAGGUUCAUUCCUUUCUGCAGGGACAAACUGGACUUGCUAUAAGGGAAGAGCAGAGGAAAGCUUCUUUUUGAGUACAGUCUAGAGUGCUGCUUUAAUCCCAUUAAAAUCAUGAAUUUUCACUACUACAUUUUACCUCCAGCCCAAUGAACCCAGCUCCCUGCUUCUCUUCUGGACCAGGGGCAGGUGACCUCUGCCCUACCUCAUCCUCUUCCCAUCAUGCCAGCCCAUGGCAAGGCAAUGGAAGGAGCCAUUAUCCUCACACCUUGGCCUGUCAUCCUGGGGUAGAGAGGCUGUGGGAUUUCUGCUGGGGAUGUCGGGGCAGAAGCCAGCUGGGAAUGACCCUCUAAUUAAUUUCCCCUCCUCUAGCUUCAUGCUCUCUGUAGGUAGGAGCCGGAGCUGACCUCAAAGCUGUGGUCCAAACUACUCUCACUGAGAGUAGCUGACCUCCCUUAGGGCUCCCUAGGGAUCCAGUCCUAACACUAUGCAAUAUGCUAGACCACAUGGAAUGUGGUGUCAGAAAAUAUUAAUUUCAUAAAGUUCCUGCUCAUAUCACUGACUCAGAUGUAGUUCUCAUCUACUUUCUUGAGAGGCCAGCCAGCUGCUGGGCAUCUGAGUUGCCUUUCAUAUGACCUUGUAAUUCCAUUCAAAUAGUUCUGAAGGAUACUUUUCUAACUGUAGGCAUAUUUCACCCCAAGGCCCUUCCUCAACUCCAUCCUUUAUGUGACAUUCAUUUGAAGACUACCAAGUGUCCAAUGAGAAACCGCUUUCAUCUUUUAAAAGUAUUUUCCAUAUCCUUGGAAGUGGGAUGUAUUUGCUGGCAGAAAGGGAGAGGCAUUCACAUCUGGGUAUAUGAACAGAAAAGAAAUAAUAAAAGGCAUCUCUUGAUGAACCAAGUGAACUGAGACCUAUGGAAGAAGAGGAGUUGAGAUAAGGUUCCAGGUUCUUCUUCCUUCUUCUGACGCUGACUUACCUCAUGACCUUAGCUGAAUCACUUAGCCUCUUUCUCAACUUCCCUCCUUUUGAAAAACAUCACCCGCCUCCCUCCCAAUGCACAGGGUGUGAGUGCUCACAAAAUGAUAUUGAACAAGCACUUUGGACUUCUUGGCAGGAAGAGAUUAAUUUUUAGCUGAGAAAUGAUGGCAGUUCCUGAAAGAAGCUUCUUUUAUCUCCAGCUGAGGUGUGGAGGGAAAGAAAUUUGUAUAUGUCACUCAUCCCAUUGGCUCUGGGUUGUGUUAUUUCUUACUUCUUCCCAAGAUGUCUGGAAGAAAACUGAUUAGAGGAGAUUGCCAGUGGGGGCCUUUGCCAGGCACAAGCUCUUCUGAGGCAUUUGAAUAUCUACACAGUUUUUUUAAAUUACUUUAAAAAAAAUCAUCCUUUAUUUGUUCCAACCAAUAAUUAGUGAGGUUGGCUAUUAUCCUCAUCUUGGUGUUACAGAUAAAGAAACAGAGAUAAGGGAGAGAUUAUUAGCAAUGCAAGAAAUAAAAGAUGCCACUUUUCAUGUGUCAGCCUUUUGAUUUUAGUAACCUGAUUUUUCUCUCUAGUUUUGUCUUCAUUCUUGGUAUAAAGAGAAAUCUGUAUCUUGCAGAUCCUGUAGCAUCCUGUAGCAAGAGGAAAGGGAAAGGGCUAAAGAGGUCAUCCAAGUCACUUUCCUUAUUUUAUACAUUUUAAGAAACAGACUUAGAUGUACCACAAGGUCAUGCAAGUACCAUUGACAGAAGCAGAAUUUGAACCCAGAUCCUCUGACUCCAAACUCAGUACUCUUUCUCUUUCACAAUACCACCUAACUCUUCCCUUCCUAGCUUAUGUUAGACCAUAUACCAUUCUUAAUCAGAAAAAACUUAACAAUUAGAGAUAUCCAAAAGUAGAAUGGGCUGCCUUGAAAGAUAUUCAAGGAGAGGCUGUGUGUAUGAUCACUUAUUGUGAAUAUAUUGAAGUAGGGAUUCUUUUUCACAAGCAGAUUGGAUUAGAUGGUUGGUUGAGGUCUUUCUAACUCCAGAAUUCUGUGAUUUGUCACAAAAUCCUAUUUUCUUUAACCUACUCUGGUUUAGGGACACAGCUUAAUGUUCAAAAGGAAGGACUAAUCCUUUGUUGAAUUUGUUUUGCCUCCAAGUUUUUAAUUCUAGAUUUCUCAUACUAGUUGAGAAAGAUAACCAGUUAUAGUUGUUCUUUCAUUGGGUAGCCUGCUACCCCCAUCCAUAAAAUCCAUUUUUUCUCUUAUCACAGAGAAAAGACACUGGGGACAAGACUGAUGAGCUACUGAGAGUCUAUUCACAGAUUCAGAGACCUGAUGUCUCCCUAACCUGAACAUCCCAUUAAGUAUCAGAAAGUGAAGUCCCCAGUCAGUUGGGGCCCAUCUAAGAAUAUUAAUUCAUUUUAUUUUACUUUUUAAAUUUUUAUUUAAUUGAUUAAUUAAGAGAAUUUUUCCAUGCUUACAUGAUUUAUGUUCUUUCCCUCUCCUCCUCCCACCCCCUUCCUAUAGCCAAUGCACAAUUCCACUGGGUUUUACAUGUAUCAAGACCCAGUUCCAUACCAUUGAUAUUUGUACUAGGGUGAUUAUUUAGAGUCUACAUCCCCAAUCAUAGCCCCAUCAAACCACGUGAUCAAGCAGUUAUUUUUCUUCUGUGUUUCUACUCCCACAGUUCUUCCUCUGAAUGUGGAUAGUGUUCUUUCUCAUAGGUCCCUCAGAAAUGUCUUGGAUCAUUGUAUUGUUGAUAGUAGAGAAGUCCAUUACUUUUGUUUGUGCCACAGUGUAUAAGGUUCUCCUGGUUCUGCUACUUUCAUUCUGCUUCAGUUCCUAGAGGUUGUUCCAGUUCACAUGGAAUUCCUCCAUUUCAUUUGAGAAUCUUAAUUCAGAAAGCAAAGCCCUCAAGAGCUCUUCUUGUGGUGUCUACCUUUGGAAGAAUUAUUUCACAUUGUACCGGGCCCUCUGGGUAAGACUUGUAGGUUGCUGCCUAAGGGAUGCUUACAGACAUGAAAGGUGGGAAGAACCUUAUGAAACUCCUAUAAUAUAAAGAUAAAUCAAGUCAGUGAGCAUUUAUUAAGCAUCUGCCUGGAACCAGGCAUUGAGAUAAGUGCUGAGGAUUUAAAGAAAGGUAAAAAAAACUCUGCUUGCCCUCAAGGAGCUCACAGUCUAAAGGGGAAGACAACAUGCAAACAACUGCACAAACACUUCAAGAUAAAUUGUCAUGGCAGAGGGAAGGCACUAAGAUUAUGGAGGACUGAGAAAGGUUUCUUGUAGCUGAGAAUAGAAGAAAUCCAGGGAGGCCAGGAGGCAGAGAUAAGUCAGGAGAGGGUUCCAGGUACUUCUGUACAAGAGGAAUCUGGGCAAAAUUUGGGAAUUCAUAGUGCUGCUGUGAUUUGUCCUCUCAGACUACAUUUGGAAAAUUAUAGUUAGUUCUGGGUACUACAUUUUAGGAAGGACAUUUUUUAAAAACUGGGGAGAGGGACUGGUAGGUGGCUAGAGAGAUAGGCCAGGAGAUAUGGGAGGUCCAGAGUCCAAAUCUAGUCUUAGACAUUUCUUAGCUAUGUGACCCUUGGCAAGUCACUUAACCUUGUUUGCCUAGCCCUUACUCUCUUCUGCCUUGGAACCAAUACUUAGUAUAGAUUCUAAGAUAGAAGGUAAACAUUUUAAAAAAAAAACUGAGGAGUAGCCAGAGGUGGGAGACUAGGUGGUGAGGAGAUUUAAUUCUAUGCUACAUGACUGGGAGGAACUAGGAGUGUUUAAUCUAGGAGAAGGAGAGGGGAGGGACAGCUGGCUUCAAAUAUUUGAAGAGCUAUCAAGAGGGACUAGACUUGGCCAGCUUGGACCAAGUAAGCAGCACUUGGGACAAGAGGUAGAAGUUUCAGGCGUUUUUAGAUUUAAUGUAAGAAAAAUCUUUCUAACAAUUAGAGGUACAUAAAAUUGAAACAGACACCACCAUGGAGGGUCGAAGGUUCACCCCCUCAUUAGAGGUCUUUGAUCAAGGGGCAGCUAGAUGGGCUCAGUGAAUUGAGAACCAGGCCUAGAGCUGGGAGGUCUUGGAUUCAAAUUUGGCUUCAGACACUUCCUAACUUAGUCACUUAACCCCAGUGGUCUAGCCCAUAAUGCUCUUCUGCUGUGGAUUUAAUACAUAGUAUUGAUUCUGAGACAAAAGAUAAGGAUUUUAUUUUCCUUUUUUUUUAAAGAAAGGAAGUUUUUGAGCAAAGGCUAGGUGACAUGUCAGGUAUGUUUUAGGAAUUCUUGAAUGGUUAGAACUAAAUAGCCUCUGAGAUCCAUUCCAAGUCAAGAGUUGUAGGAACAGGGGCAGCUAGGUGGCUUGGUGGAAAGAGUGCCAGGCCUGGAGUUGGGAGGAGCUGGGUUCAAAUGUAGCCCCAGACACCUAACUGUGUGACCUUGGGCAAAUCACUUAACCUCAUUUGUCUAGCCUUUGUUCUUCUGUCUUAAGGCUGUUACUAAGACAGAAAGAAAAGGUUAAAAAAAAUCAUUGGAUUGUAUAUUUAGAGCUGAAAGAUACCUUAAAGGCCAUUGAACCCAACCCCUAAUUUUAUAGAUGAAGAACCAAGGCCAAGAGAGAUUAAAUGACUUGCCGGGCAUACUACUAGUAAAUGUCUGAGGCAACAUUUUUUCUUUUAAAUUAGUUUGUUGGUUAUGUUUAAAUUGAAAAUUCCCAGGUAUCUCCCUCUCUUCCUCCCCUCCCCAUGCCAGAGAAGAUGAGGCAGAAUUUGAAAACCAGGUAGUUCACUAUACCAAACUAUCUCUUAGUCUUCUAUUAUGCUAAGAUAGUGGAAAGAUCUCUGUCUUUGGAAGGAGAAAAACCCUACUCCUCACUUACUAUGUGGAUGACCUUGGUAAAUCAUUUAGCAAUUUCUCUGAUCCUCAGUUGUCUUCUCUGUAAACUUGGAAAGGAAAUACUUGUCUGAAUUCCCUUUUAAAUGGAAAAUCUAUGGUCGUGGAGCCCCAAAUUCAGCACUAAUAGUCUCCCAAAAUGCUUAAUGCAAGAAAUAAAGAUUGCAUCCUUUUGAAAGACCCAGAAACUGCUCUGCGUAGCCAACCUACAUCUAGGGAAAUAUGGUGCAUCAGGAACCACUGCUCCUAAAUACUUUUGUUUUAAACAAAUCAGUGUUUGACUAAGCUGGAAAAAUAAAGGGGUGUAUGUAUGUAUCUUUGUGUGUACACAUGUGUGCACAUAUGUGCGUGUGUGUCUAUAGCUCCUGACAUUUCUGGGUGGUGAGGACACUUUCACCUUUCAGUGCACAGGGCUCACCAUUCUCCAUUCUUGUGUGGCCUCUGAAGAGGGAUGGAAAUCGGAUGAUUUGAAUGCUAUCAAAGGUUAAUAAGUGGAGAAUGACUGGAACCAUUACCUGACUACAAAGCAUGGACAAUUGUUCCUAAGAUUACUGUACUCUCAUAGUGUGAGAGAAUGCAAGAACUAGAAGGAACCUUGGAGUAACUAAUCCGAUUUCUUUAUUUUACAUAUGAGGAAAAUGAGAUUUAGAGAGGUAAAGUGCCAAAGGUCACAUAGCUAAUUAAUGGCAAAGUUGAUCUAGAACUCAGGUCUUCUCAGUAGUCCAGUGUUUUUUCUAUGACAUUACUCUUCCCUAAUUCCUCUUCUAGGCCCUACAGUUAUAUUCCAUUUCUCUGUAUUCCAACAUGGUUUUCUAUAUUCUCUCCACAGGUAACACUGAUUUAAAUAUUAAGCUUGGGUGGCCAGCAAUCAGCAAAAGAGAGUUAGUUCUAUGGGCUGACUGCAAAAGGAGGAAGAAGCUUGUCCACUUGGAGCACACCAGUGCUCUGUUCUUCCCAUUCUCUUUUGCACAGCUGAGUUUCCUGUAUGGCUGAGGCAGCCAUCCAUCCAUCCAGGGCUUCCUAUCACAGAGAAUUGGAAAACAUCUUCCAGGGUCCCAUGGACAAAAAUUUUUCCCCCCAAUAAAGGCCCUUCUCCAGAUGUGAGGUGGGUUCUUCUGGGAUUUGCUUAGAGGAAGUGAAUCUGGAAAUGUGGAUGAUAUAGGAAGUCUGUCAUCUUUCCCUACUCCCCUUUCCUCAUACUCCAUGAGGACUUAGUUUUCCUUGGUGAGAAGGACCCUAAAGAGAUGUGUUAUUUGUUUUAGUUUAUUUGAAAACUUUGUUUCUAAGGUGAUAGCUUUCUUAUCUCCCUAGAAAUAAUUAUUUUGCCUCCUAGCCUCAGCUUUGCUAGAAUUUAAGUCUAAAUAAGGGCUGAGGAGUUGAGCCCUGCUUAACUCCCUUUGCUUUCCUUUCCAUUUUAGGCCCAAUUGCAAUAGAUGUAAUAUUCCCACGUUUUUCCACUCUUCCCCACCCCCACCCCCAAUCCUAGAUAUUGGCUGAUAAAUGUGUUAUUUUUCCCAAGGGUAUUUGCAUUUCAAACUGUGAAGAUAGCAUUUCAGACCUUAGCAUAGAUGUGUGAAAGGGACACCGAUUAACUUGCCAGACCUUCCAAAUCACAGGCCAUCGUUACUUGGAAAUCAGGUUUAAUCUGAUUAGUUUGGGGAAAGGGAGUAUGAAUGUCCCCAAUAUUUUUCCAGUGGUCUUCCAGGUGUUACUGUCAGUUAGCAUUUAUUAAAUACCUACCAAGUGCCAAAGUACUAGAUACAAAAACAAAUGAAACCUUUCUUGCUCUUGAGGAGCUUACAUUUUAUCAAAAAGAUUAGGAGAGAGAAGACUUGGAUAAUAUGUGUAGGAUAAGGAUACAGUAUAUAGGAACCUGCAGGUUCCCUAUUUGAAAUGUAUGUGUUCUGAGGGAGACAAAGUAAAUGGUUGUGCUCAUCUGGGAUUUACAUCAGCUGCCAGAGAUGAUGGCUCCCUCCCAUUCUUUUUCCCAGUUAAGAAUGUAUGAUUUUUAGCUUCUCUACCACCUUCCAUACGAAGCAUGAGACCCAUAGGUAAUGGCUUUUCUCUUCAGUUCUGUGGGAGUAGAGUCUAUUGUUUUGAGCACAGGGAUGGAAAGAAAGUUACUAAGAGCAGUAACAACUUAAAAGUCAUCCUUGAGAAAGCCCUGGUCGGGGGUACUUUUGAAUAUCUGUAAGCCUCUUCAAGGAAAAAGUUCCUGGAUCCUGGUUGUCUUUUGAUGUAUUGACCGUAUAGGUCCUGGAAUUGUGCUCCUCUCCCAUCUGUUAUCUCUGUGCUAUUUAUUUUCUUCCCACUCCACCACUAAAGGCCCUCUCCUUUGACCACAUCUAUAGGCUUCUCAUCCCAUCUGUGAUGCAGCUUUAUGUCCACCUUUCUUAAAAUUUCUUCUGCCUUGUUCUAAAUUUGGAGCCCUUGAUGUGGUAAAUCUCCCUUCCCUCUCUAUUUUAAUUUCCCUCCUCUUUCCUCUUCCCCCAAGCAAAUUUGGGAAAAUUGAAAUCAGGUUUUACUCUGUUGUCUUGGGUCCCAGACAUCCUUGUGUCAUCCAGGGACUGUUAUGAUAAACUAGUCAUUAACUCUAACUCUUCUGAAGAAACUAGUUGCAGUUAAACUAGGGUUUCAGAAUUAUUGAGCUUUUCCAGAACUAAGAAAAGAAGCUAGAGAUAGAGUUUAACUUAUUUUAAUUUCCAUAGAAGCUUUCUUUAGGACAUCCCCUUGAUGCCUGGAUGAAGUAGCUAGCUGUUUAAUUUUCUGGAACUUGUGAUGAGGAAACUGACCAAGAGCUUCCUCUCUCCUUGACUGACUCCAUCUCUCCUGUCUUUUUCUCUCUCAUCCUAUUUUCUCUUUACUGUUACAUUCAAGUUAUUACAUCUCCCAAACAAUGUUUCAACACAACACAAAAGAGUGCUGAUUAAAACAGGUCAGGUUUUUUUUUCCCCCCUUGGCUUUUUGUUUUGUUUUUUGGAUGUACUGUAAAUUAUUAACCAAGGAUGCCAAGCAGGCUUGGUUCAAUGGCUAAAAUUCUUAUUGUAUUACAGUGUAAUGCUGAUCUCAGCCUUGUCUCUACACCAGAGCACACACAGACUUGAAUAAAACUGUUAUCACAGUGA